AGGGAAAGCAGAGAGUGAGCUGGUGUCUUUGCAAGCAUUUACAUCAGCAUCGUUUCAGAAAAAUCCCUGCUGCCACAGCUGAACUCAUCUGGCGAGGAGGAUGCACGCGGCAGAUCAAGGGACAGGAGGAGAAACAGGCUCAUAUAUUGGGAAGUAUCUCAACAGCAUCCACAAGGUACAGUGAUUUAUGUCCACUGUGUACCUCAGCAGUGGGAGUUACACCAGGUUUUCAUCCUCAGAGACCAAAGCAGCAGACAGCUACACCAGGAAAUACUCUGAUUCAGGGCGGGUAGUGACUGAUGGCAGACAUGAAGACUUUCUAAAUGGACAGGAAUCAUAAAAUCUGAAUCUCCUGACAAUCACAGCAUCAUCCUCAUCCGCAGCUUUUGACCUCUUUUUCAAGCCGUUGUUUUCUGGCCGCACUUCCUGGCUUUGAAGGAUGGGUGAUGGGCCUGUGACUGAUCCUGCCUGCCUGCCUCUUCCCACCCUUCAAUGGAGCUGCUGUGGAACUCCUCCCACCCACCUCCACAGCUCAUGUCCAACAUGUCUGCCUCCUAUCUGCCUGAGGGCUGGGCCCUGUCCCAGUCGCUAGCCCUGCUGGCCAUGCUGCUCAUGGAUCUGCUGGCUGUGGUGGGUAAUGUGGCUGUCAUGGUGGUCAUUGCCAAGGCCCCACAGCUCCACAAGUUUGCCUUUGUCUUCCACCUGUGCGUGGUGGACCUGCUGGCAGCCCUGGUGCUGAUGCCCCUUGGCAUGCUCUCAAGCCGAGCCUUCUUCGGGGAGGCCCUGUGCCGGAGCUACCUCUUUCUCAGUGUGUGCCUGGUUAGUGCUGCCAUCCUCUCUAUCUCCGUCAUCAAUGUGGAGCGUUAUUACUACAUCAUACACCCGAUGCGCUAUGAAGUAAAGAUGACUGUUGGCCUGGUAGCGUCAGUGCUGGUGGGGAUAUGGGUCAAAGCCCUGGCAAUGUCUGCUCUGCCUCUGCUCGCUUGGUUGCUGCAAGGUGGAAGAGCUCCUCUUCUGGAAAGUAGUGCUGUAGGGGGAGGAGGAGGUGGGGCAGUCCCAUCUCCCCCUACUCAGGGUCACAGGCGCUGUUCACUACACUGGACAGGGGGAGGGUCAAACCGCCUGGCCUUUAUGGUCUUGUUUACACUGGUGUAUUUCCUGUGUCCACUACUGGUUAUUCUUGUUGUGUAUUGCAAUAUGUUCAAAGUGGCUCGGGUUGCAGCCAUGCACCACGGGCCUCUGCCUACCUGGAUGGACACACCUCGUCGUCAGCGGUCAGAAUCACUCAGCAGCCGUUCCACGAUGGUUACCAGCUCUGGGACAGGGACUGGGACAGACAGAGCGACUCCACAGCGCCCCUUUGGGGGAGGAAAGGCUGCAGCAGUGUUGGCAGCGGUAGGCGGACAGUUCCUUUGUUGCUGGCUGCCCUACUUUACUUUCCACCUGUAUUCAGCACUGGCUGCCAGCCCUCCAGCCACUCUAGCCUCUCUGGAGGAGGUGGUCACCUGGAUUGGCUACUUCUGCUUCACCUCCAAUCCUUUCUUCUAUGGCUGUCUCAACAGACAGAUCCGGGAGGAGUUGGGCAAGCAUCUGCCUUGUCUGUUUCGGCGAGCAGGGACUGAGAUGGAGGACAGGCUGCCAAGCCGUGAAGGGUCCAUAGAGGAGAAUUUCCUUCAGUUUCUUCAGGGCACUGGCUGCAACUUGGAUCCUCAAAACUCUCACAGCACCUCCAGUCCUAAAGGGGAGGCCUGCUGCCCUGUGGCUCAGUCGCAGACACCGGAGUUAGCGCAGCCCAUACCAAUUGAUUUCCGUAUCCCCGGACAGAUUGCAGAGGAGACUUCAGAGUUUAUUGAGACUGAACAGGCGAAAAACAACCAUAUAUAUACAGACACUUAAUUAAUGUCUUUAUUUCCUGAAAAUAAGACGAAUUUUGAUCAUUCAGAUAUAAACCGUAUCAGGAGUUAUUUCAGUGAAAACAUGUUUCUCUGUUUUUACUGAAAAUUGUCCAGCAGUUCAUUUAAAUUACUUUGAAUUCUACCUUUGAAUCAUUGCACUUGGCCUCAUCAGAUUUCAUCCUUAAACAGUCAGACACAGUUACAUGCAGUUGUUUGAGAUGCAUUUCAAACUGUAAUUUGUGAACAGGGAAAUUACUGUUGGAUUUUAAAACAUUCCACACAGCUGCUCAGCUCUAUACAGUAAACAACUCAGUGAAUUAAUAUUGAUGUAACUUAUUAAAGCCUUUUUAAAAAAAAAACAAAAAACAUUUAUUAUAUAUUGGAUUCUACAAAGGUAAUAGAGUUAAAUGUUUUCAGAAUAUCCCUUUUGGUUUCAAAUAAGGGAAUCCUAUCUGAAAUACACUGUCUCCCUCUCAAUUAAUUUUCUUUACUAUGGUGCAGUGAAGCUCUGCCAUUAGACAAAUUGCCGUUGGUAUUCAGAAAUGAAGAUUAAACGGUUCCACACACCAAAUGAUACUGUAUUUGUAACUGCCAAAUCAAUCAUUUUUGAGACUCUUGUAAGCUGAUUAUUUUUUAAAAGAGUUUUGUAAAUUACUUGCAAGAAACGUAAUGUCAAAAAAGACAGCAAUAAAAUACAUUAACUUAUGACAAGUAUUUAGGGGAUACAUUGAGGGAAAAGCACAACUGUCACUUUUGAUUGGUAGUUGGGCUUUCAGCAAUGAUAAUGCCACUCUUAACCCAUAUGCCAAUCUGAUUAUAAUCGAUUAUGAGGCGAACAUACUGUGGCCUAACUCUCAUGGAAUUGUAACGAGUUGUUUACAGAUAACCAUCUGAAUUUUGUUCUCCUUUCUGUGGUGCUUAUUUAAAUACAUUUCACAUCUCUUUUUUAUUUCCCAUAAAGCAAGCCAGAUCUGUUGUGACUCAGUUUAGGAUGUAGGUUGACUUCAUAACUCAUCUUAAGUCACCCAGCUUUCUACCAUGUUGAUGUAUUUAUAUUUGGAUAUAGAUCUUAAAAAUCAGUAUUCUCUUGAUGCACUCCAUUGCAUUCAAAUGUGAUUCUGUUUCCUACAUUUGUUAAAUGUACUAAACUGUAUGUUAUGUUAAAUUGUAUAAGUUGUGGGUUGUGUAUUUCACUCAACACACCCAAUUUUUCUUUUUAUUCGUGAGUGUAAGUAUUUGUUAUGAAUUUCUUUACAAGGAGGCUGAUGUAUUUUGACACGUAUGUAGUAACUGCCUUCUUUGUUUUUCAGCUGUGGAGAUUUGUUAUCCCGGAGGAGAUAGGAGAAAGCAUUUACAUUUUCUUUGACUACCCUGCUCAUCAGGGUUUUUACAGUACCUCACAUGCAACAUUACAGUUCUGCACAGUUCCACGUCUAGUAUGACUCCUGCACACUCUAAUCUAAUGUUGUAACCAGGCUAAAGCAGGUGCGAUUUGCUCAUUGAGGCUGCAUAUGAUGAACUGAUGUGGAAAUCGUUGGUUGAAAUAAUGGAUUCUUUCUUACGCAAUGUGGAUAACAGGGUUUUUAAGAUAUUCUUCUCAGAGGUUGUUUUUGAGUGACAACACCCAUCCAAAAUCUAAAAGCUUGUUGAGCUUGAUAUCUUCUUUUCAUCAUGUCUAAAUAUCCCAAACUGUGAAUGAUGUUGAGUGUUUGUGUUAGGAUUUUCACUUGUUCAGAGAUAGUUUUCUCAUGCUGUGAUUAAAAUAAAAGUAUGACUUCCACUGUACUGCAAUGACAUGAAUGUGUUUAGAAAAGUACAUGGCUAAAACCUGAGUGAGAGAUACUGUUGUAAUAAAGAGUUUCUAUGUUUGUAAAAUAUUUUUGAUGCGUUCUCAUAAUUUCACAAUAUGAUAUGCUGCUGUCACAAAUACAGUUAAGUGAUACCCAAUGCAUGCCUAACAUUUAGGGUCUUUUCGUUUUUUACUAAUUGUCUCUGAUUCAAUGUGUGUGGCACCAUCUCUCUGCUUUGCUUUGAUAUUCCUUUGCAAAGAGGGGCGUGGGAGGAUACAGGAUACAUUUUGACCUUAAGGUAACAUUUAAACUUCAAAGGCUAAAGCCAGUGGUACAACCAUCAGGAAGAAGAGAUGUAACUUUCAAUAUACUGCAAAAUAUUUAUAGAUGGAUAGGUGCAAAUGUAAAGAAAACCUUUACAGAUACUCAGUUUAAACAAAUAUAUCCUGCCACUGUUUAGUGCUGUGUUUCGGUUGGAGGAUGCUGGUGCGCGACAAGCCUCACACCUCAACGAUGGACCUCAGUCAAACCGCCCCCAGCUUC